CUACUGUGGAAAAUAUCAGGGGAUGAACCACCAAUAAGCAAGACGGAUCUUAUCAGCGAACUCGACAAGUCGCGCUCUCAGGACAAGUCACAGAUCAGCCUUCAAGACGCCAACGGCAAGACAGCUCUCCAUAUUGCAUCUGAACAUGGACUUGUGGAUGCAGCUGAAUGGCUCAUAGAUGCUGGGGCACACAUUAGUUUAACAGAUAAUGACGGGCAACAACCGCUUCAUACAGCGUGUCUACAGGGGCACACUGAAGUAGCGGAACUACUCCUUAAGAGGGGAGCAAGCACUGCGGCAACAGACAAUGAUAGCGCUCAACCACUGCAUAUAGCUUGCUUUUGGGGGCACUCUAAACUGGCAAGUGUACUCAUUCAACAUGGGGCAGACAUUGAAGCUAGAAAUCAACACGCGGCUACCCCGCUCUAUGAAGCCGCCUGGAAUGGCCACGUCGACGUUGUUGGCCUGCUUCUUGAAGCGAAAGCCAAUACCCAAACCCUCACGGGGAUCGGCUGGUCUCCUCUACACGCAGCAAGUUCGACCGGUGAAGCCGAGAUAGUGCGUUGCCUUCUUACUAAAGACAAGUCAAACAUUGAUGCCGUGGAACAAAACAAUGGCUGGACGGCGCUUAAUGCAGCUGUCUACCGUGGUCAUGCCGAUGUUGUUUCUAUGCUACUGAAACAUGGGUCAACACUUGCCACCAAGGACAAUGACGGAUGCAUCCAGACCUUAUUAAAAAUGCUGCUCGAUCGUCGGCAGCCAGAUGAGGACUUGCAACUAGAGGUUCCUAGCAAUCGCUCUAAAAGUACCCCUCUCUUGGUGGCCAGUUUGGAAGGCUUCGUGGGUGGUGUAAGUCAGUUGAUUGAUGCCGGUGCGGAUCUCAAUGCCCGGGACAUCGAUAGUGACACAGCGCUACAUAAUGCUAGCGGCGCUAGGGAUGACGAGUACGGGUUUGACGACCUGACCGACGAGGACAGACACGAUUCUAAGUUUACUGUCUUGCCAGCAGAUUGCCAUGGUGCC